AUGCGAUAUUCACAUACACACGACGCGCAGACUCAGCCCAGACGCGCACCCAUGCAGCAGCUGGUCAUGGACAUCCGCUCCAUCGACAGGGAGGAGAACCGUCGGCGCAUGAGGAGCGGCGAGCUCUACUGGGCCUUCACCCCGGAUCUCAUCGCCGACCGGAAGCGGUGCAAGACGGCCUGCGACAAGCUCAACAACGCUGGCGACAUGAGCCGCCGCACCCUCAUCGGACUGUGGAAAGACAUCAACGGAGACACGAUCCCUCUUCCUCCACCGCGUAUCCGCCGGGAUGAGGACGAUGCCCUCCUCGAGGAAUACCCAUGGAUCGAUACCCCCAUAAAGAUGGACUACGGCUACAACGUAAAACUCGGCGACAACGUGUACGUCAACUCCAACAGCACGUGGGUAGACACCUGCCUCAUCACCGUGGGCUCGCGCACUCUCAUCGGCCCCAACUGCUCCUUCUACAGCGGUGAGCACCCGCUGGACCCCACCCUGCGCAACGGCACCCGUGGCCCAGAAAGCGGGAAGCCCAUCACCAUCGGCGAGGACUGUUGGUUCGGCGGCAACGUCAUCGUGCUGCCGGGCGUCACCAUCGGCCGCGGCGUCACCGUCGGCGCAGGGAGCGUAGUGACCAAGGACGUGCCGGACUACGUGUGCGUCGUCGGCAACCCGGCGCGGAUAAUCAAAAAGAUUGUGCCGUCGCAGCCAUCGGUCACGGGGUCGGCGCCGUCGUUAUCGACCAAUAUCAAUUAUAGCUCUACGAUGUAG